CCUUUCCCAGAAUAUGACAGAUACCUAGCAUCUAGCAAAACGAUGGCAGCAGCUUACCUUGAUCCAAACUUGAAUCAUACACCAAAUUCAAGUGUAAAGACACACCUCAGUACUGGCGUGGAGCGUUCCCCAGGGGCCAUGGAACGAGUCUUAAAGGUCUUCCAUUAUUUUGAAAGUAGCAGUGAGCCAACAACGUGGGCCAGUAUUAUCCGGCACGGAGAUGCUACUGAUGUUCGGGGCAUAAUUCAGAAGAUAGUGGACAGUCACAAAGUAAAGAAUGUGGCCUGUUAUGGAUUACGGCUCAGUCACCUGCAAUCUGAGGAGGUCCACUGGCUACAUCUGGACAUGGGUGUAUCCAAUGUGAGGGAGAGGUUUGAAUUAGCCCACCCUCCAGAGGAAUGGAAAUAUGAAUUGCGAAUCCGAUAUUUACCAAAAGGAUUUCUGAAUCAGUUUACUGAGGACAAGCCAACACUAAAUUUUUUCUAUCAGCAGGUGAAAAAUGAUUAUAUGUUAGAAAUAGCAGAUCAAGUGGACCAGGAAAUUGCUUUGAAGCUAGGUUGCCUUGAAAUCCGGAGAUCAUACUGGGAGAUGAGGGGCAAUGCACUAGAAAAGAAGUCCAACUAUGAAGUUUUAGAGAAAGAUGUUGGCUUAAAGAGAUUUUUUCCGAAGAGUUUGUUGGAUUCUGUAAAGGCCAAAACACUAAGAAAACUGAUUCAACAAACGUUUCGACAGUUUGCCGUCCUCAACAGAGAAGAAAGUAUUCUGAAAUUCUUUGAGAUCCUGUCUCCAGUAUACAGAUUUGACAAAGAAUGCUUCAAAUGUGCUCUUGGUUCAAGCUGGAUUAUUUCAGUGGAGCUGGCAAUUGGCCCAGAAGAAGGAAUCAGUUACCUUACAGACAAGGGCUCUAAUCCUACCCACUUGGCAGAUUUCAAUCAGGUGCAGACUAUUCAGUAUUCAAACAGUGAAGACAAGGACAGAAAAGGGAUGUUACAGCUCAAAAUAGCAGGAGCACCUGAGCCUCUGACAGUGACAGCACCAUCCUUAACCAUUGCAGAGAAUAUGGCUGACCUGAUAGAUGGAUAUUGCAGACUGGUGAACGGAGCCACACAGUCUUUUAUUAUCAGGCCUCAGAAAGAAGGUGAAAGAGCUUUACCAUCAAUACCAAAGCUGGCCAACAAUGAGAAGCAAGGAGUAAGGUCACAUACAGUCUCUGUAUCAGGAGUCAGUCACUGUCAGCAUAAAGUAAAGAAAGCUAGGCGCUUUCUCCCUUUCGUCUUCUGUUCCCAUGAGCCACCGCCUAAGGAUGAAAUUAGUGGGGACGAAACAGAUGACUAUGCAGAGAUUAUAGAUGAAGAAGAUACUUACACAAUGCCCUCAAAAAGCUAUGGAAUAGAUGAAGCCAGGGAUUAUGAGAUUCAGAGGGAGAGAAUUGAACUGGGACGCUGUAUCGGUGAAGGACAGUUUGGAGAUGUACAUCAAGGAGUUUACAUGAGUCCAGAAAAUCCAGCCAUGGCUGUUGCAAUCAAAACAUGUAAAAACUGCACUUCAGACAGUGUGAGAGAGAAAUUCUUACAAGAAGCCUUAACAAUGCGUCAGUUUGAUCACCCUCACAUUGUGAAGUUGAUUGGAGUUAUUACGGAAAACCCAGUCUGGAUAAUCAUGGAGCUCUGUACACUAGGGGAGCUGAGAUCAUUUUUGCAAGUAAGAAAAUACAGUUUGGAUCUGGCCUCUUUGAUACUCUAUGCUUACCAGCUUAGCACAGCACUUGCCUACUUAGAGAGCAAAAGAUUUGUACAUAGGGAUAUUGCUGCUAGAAAUGUGCUGGUAUCCUCCACUGAUUGCGUGAAAUUAGGUGACUUUGGUUUGUCCCGAUAUAUGGAAGACAGUACUUACUAUAAAGCUUCCAAAGGAAAAUUACCUAUCAAAUGGAUGGCUCCAGAGUCAAUCAACUUCCGACGUUUUACCUCAGCUAGUGAUGUGUGGAUGUUUGGUGUGUGUAUGUGGGAAAUUUUAAUGCAUGGAGUAAAGCCCUUCCAAGGAGUGAAGAACAAUGAUGUGAUUGGUCGAAUUGAGAAUGGUGAACGGUUACCAAUGCCUCCAAACUGCCCUCCUACUCUCUACAGCCUUAUGACCAAGUGCUGGGCAUAUGACCCCAGCAGACGACCCAGGUUUACUGAACUUAAAGCACAGCUCAGUACAAUACUGGAGGAAGAGAAGCUGCAGCAAGAAGAACGAAUGAGAAUGGAAUCAAGGCGGCAAGUCACAGUGUCCUGGGAUUCAGGAGGAUCAGAUGAAGCCCCUCCCAAGCCUAGCAGACCUGGUUAUCCCAGUCCAAGAUCCAGUGAAGGGUUUUAUCCUAGUCCACAGCAUAUGGUACCACCCAAUCAUUACCAGGUCUCUGGCUAUCCUGGUUCUCAUGGGAUACCAGCCAUGGCAGGCAGCAUUUAUCCUGGCCAGGCAUCUCUUUUGGAUCAAGCAGAUUCCUGGAAUCAUCGGCCUCAGGAAAUAUCAAUGUGGCCCCCCACCAUGGAGGAUUCUGGCACUUUGGACAUGCGAGGAAUGGGACAAGUCCUACCAACACAUCUAAUGGAGGAGAGAUUGAUACGACAGCAACAAGAAAUGGAGGAAGAUCAGCGCUGGCUUGAAAAAGAGGAGAGAUUCCUGAAACCUGAUGUGCGGCUCUCCAGAGGCAGCAUAGACCGAGAGGACGGGAGCCUCCAGGGCCCGGCUGGUAACCAGCACAUAUAUCAGCCUGUGGGUAAACCAGAUCAUGCAGCUCCGCCAAAGAAACCACCUCGUCCUGGAGCCCCCAGCCAUUUGGGUAGCCUUGCCAGUCUCAACAGCCCUGUGGACAGCUACAAUGAAGGAGUGAAGCCAUGGAGGCUUCAGCCACAGGAAAUCAGCCCUCCCCCCACUGCCAAUUUGGAUCGGUCCAAUGACAAGGUGUAUGAGAAUGUAACUGGACUGGUGAAAGCUGUAAUAGAAAUGUCCAGUAAAAUCCAGCCUGCCCCUCCAGAGGAGUAUGUGCCCAUGGUGAAGGAAGUUGGUUUGGCACUACGAACUUUACUGGCAACAGUAGAUGAGACCAUUCCAGUGCUCCCUGCAAGCACUCAUCGAGAGAUUGAAAUGGCACAGAAGCUAUUGAACUCUGACUUGGCUGAACUGAUUAACAAGAUGAAAUUGGCCCAGCAAUACGUCAUGACUAGCCUGCAGCAGGAAUACAAAAAGCAAAUGCUCACAGCUGCUCAUGCUCUGGCUGUGGAUGCCAAAAACUUGCUGGAUGUUAUUGAUCAAGCCAGAUUGAAAAUGAUUGGUCAGUCCAGACCCCAUUAAACACCGAGGAAGAAUUUUUUGUCAUUCUUUUAAGAAUAUUGCUCAUGUAAGGAUGUUCUCUAGCCUUCCACCAGUGGUGAGGAUUAACCCUGCAUAGUCCAGGAUUUCCAGUGACUCCUGCUUCAUCAGACCUGAUUGACAGCUGUUGGUUUUUUCUCUCUCUCUCAUUAUAAAAGUUUAACCAUGUUUUUACCAGAUGGUCUGGGAUUCAAAAUGUGGCAUUAUCACAGAAUGAAGUUUGUACAGAAGCCCUUGGGAAUCGUGACUAGGGAAAAUAAUUACAUUUUACAUCAUCGCACAGGAUGUGCAUUACCUAAAAUUGCCAAGGGGUUACAAUCUCAGAGCCAGGACUGUCCGAGCUGCAGAUUGGAGAAAAAUAUUGUGAAGUGAAGAAUUCUGGGAAACCUCAGGGCUGAGAAUUCUUGCCCACAGUAUACGAGCUAUCCAGACUGGAAUUUUUUAUUAGAACACUUACGUCGCAAUAUGCUAAUCACAAUUUACAGAGAAAGAAAAUUUAAAAAGCUAUAUUUUCAAGAUUUCAGUCAUUUCAAAAGAAGCUAAAGCCCUCUUCAUCUUUCUGCCUUUUACUUUUAUGUGGAUAUGUGAAACGUUUGGAAACUAGCUGUAGAACACAACUGAAAACUCUUGUAUGUCUUUUCACCAGAAUAACUUGCCAGUUUUUUGUAGCAAUGUUAUUUUCUUUGGAAGCAAAAAGCUGCUUUGUACCAGAGCAACUCAAGAGCCGCAUUUAGAAGAGAAGUUCUGUAACCAUAUGUGUUCCCCGUUUUUAUAUAAUUUAUACAGAAAGAUUAAAGCCAUGUUGAAUAUUUUAAACCCACUGUAGUUAACUAACCCAUCUCUGAGUCUAUCUUGCCUGGGAGGAGUUACAGCAGAGCAGUGUGAAUGUUUUCUUUCUUUUUUUUUCCAGUUAUACCAUCUGUUCUGUUAAAUAAAAACCACCAUGCUCCCUUUGGUUUGAUGGGGGAUAUAAAUUAUUCUCAGGAAGAAUAUAAUGAACUGUACAGUUACUUUGACCUAUUAAAAAGGUGUUACCAGUGAA